ACAUAUGACGCGGAUCUCGAAAAGCAGCCGGAAUUCCCAUCACUACAGAGCCCUGCUGACCCGGAAGUACAUCCUUGCACGUGUAGCAUUUUCAACCUUCAAAAACUACAAAGGAGAGUUGUUAGCAGCUUAUGUGUCCGAACAUACCGUCACAGCGAUGCCAGUGACAAGAGUGUUACACCCUCUCUACCAAUUGGGGAACCCCCAGCUGAGGAUCUUCAGACCUAACUGGUUUCUGACUCUGGUGAGGCCGGGAAAAGAGCAACCUCCUGACACUGUCCAGUUCCGUGUCCCAAUGGAAAUGACCAAAUAUGAUGUGAAGAACUACUUGGAGAAGAUCUAUAAUGUCCCUGUUGGAGAAAUCCGCACCAGGAUACAGUUUGGGUCCAACAAGAAAAGGAAUCACCUCAACCAGAGGGUUAAGAAGCCAGAUUAUAAAGUGGCCUACGUUCAGCUGGCACAAGGCCAGACAUUCACCUUCCCUGACAUCUUCCUGGAAAAGGACCGGACGCCGGCGGAGGGUUCCAUGGAAGAGAUGCAGGAGAAGUUCAUGGAGGACGAGAAGCAGAGGCAGAAACUCGACCCCAGGAGAGGAGGGGUCACAGAGUGGUUUGGACUCUGAAGCACAGGGGAGGGGGGGGGCAACGAUUGAUUUGAAAUGUGACCCCUGUGAUGUCAUUUUUAUUUCUCUGCUGAAACAUGAGGAUGUAGUGAAAGAGCAAGUGUGUGUGUGUGGGAUAUGGCACACAUGUGUUCGGUGUGUUUGUGAGGCGGGAGUCUAACACAAAACCAAAGACAAAAAAAGAAUUGGAGCAGGAAGAGAGCAGCUAGACUUCGUUUUUAAUGAAACCAGCCCACCACACACAUUGUUUAUCACCUCAGAUAACCUUGUUCUCGUCCUCAUGUUCUUCCCUUAAAUACGCCAUAUUGGUUUCUUUUUACGUGAAAGUAUCCCUCUCAUUUGUCACCCCUGUUGCCCCUGUUCUCUUCGUUUCUACGAGAUACUUUAUCCGUAGCCACACCAGAAAGCAGCAUAUAUGCUCCCGGAUGGUUGGAUCAAACUGCCUGAACACCUACAUGUCGGCCUCUUCUAUUAGUUUGUUUAGGAUUAAUUACCUUGUUAAGAUAAAGAUGGGAUAUUCUUUCAGAAAGUAGAUAUGUGCAGUUUGUAGUGACAUCAUUCUAUUUUGUGGUAGCAGCUACUGCCAUAACCAUGAAUAAAGUCUGUUUCCAAUGUU